GAUAUUAUGUAGCGGGGUUCGGAGGGUCAUUUACACUGGUUUGUGAUUCCUCAAAACUCUUAGAAAAGCUGUCAGAGCAAUCAGAGGAAAAUCAGCUGACGCAGUCAGAGCAAAGUCAGCUGACACAAUCAGAACGAAGUCAGCUGACGCAAUCUGAGCGGAAUCAGCAAAUAAAGGUUGAAAAGCGCCAGUUGAAAUUCGCUGAAGAGGUUUCGCAAGAAGAAUUAGUUGAGAAGAAAGAGCUGAAGCGGAAACUGCUGAAAAAGAAAAAAGCUGAGGAUAAUUUUGAAGAGACAGAGAGAAAUGUCGUCAUUUCCUGGGAUUCAGAUGCGGACAUAUUUUCAACUAAAUCUCGAAAGGAUCCCGAGUUUGAGGAAUAUAUUGAGGAAAACAGGCUGAUUGUACAUAUGUACAACAUAACGGAUCAACACGUUGGAAACUACUUCUGCAACUUCACUACUCAGGGAGAAGAAACACAAACAACCAGUCAGUAUGUUUUUGUUAAUGGGAGUACAAAGAUGGUAGUACAAGACGAGUACAUCAGAUUCUUUAAAUAUUUGGAGAGAACUGAUUUGAACAUCCCUUGCAGGCCAACAUCUCCGACAAUUGAAGUUUCCCUUACUCUGUUCUCUUCCCCUCAUGAGAAAAUAACUGGUCUUGAGUUUGACCCCAGAGUUGGGUUUAAAUCGAAGAAUGUGUCGGCUGGAUAUCAUAUUUACAGAUGUUUUUACAACAGUAAGGGAUUAAGAGAGCAAAGCCAGCUUGUCAAUAUCCAAGUUCUGCACAUACCACCAGAUAGAAGGGGUGUAGCUGCUCCUCUUGUGACGGCCUGGAAUUUAACGGAUGGAGUCCAACUACAAUUAUUAAACAAAACUUUACAUGUACAGGAAGGGAACCAUGUACGACUAUCCUGCAACGCAACUCUGGAAUCUUCUAAUGACCUUAAGCUUAUUUGGAAGAAACAGAAAAAAGUGGCAGAAGAUCAGCUUGAAAUCAAUAAAUCCAGUAACUAUGUCACACGAGACCUUGUAUUGGAGAAUAUUACAGAAUUCGACUCCGCGACCUACAGCUGUUUCGUUCUGAACCCUGUGGGAGAAAACAAUUCUUAUACUAUUAAUAUAGAAGUUAAAGCUGAGAAGCCGGAGUACUGUUUACUAAGACAUGUUGCAACCUCGGAGAAAAAUGUUCAGGAAGAAACUCUGAAUGGAUAUUCUGAUGAAAAAAGUCUAACAGGAGGAAUUAAACCUUCUCUAAAUUACAAAGAAUAUAAUCAACAAAAUCCAAGUGUUGAUGACUGUGCCCGUAUACCUGCCAAGGUUGGAGAAAGGGUCAACCUAAGCAUGAUCCAAACUAGAUCUUCAGUGUUCUACCAGUUAAAAUGGUUCAAUCCAAGCGGAGAGGAGCAGGAUUGUGAGAACUCAAGAUCUAAACUCAAAUAUGGCUGCUCUAGGACAACUGACAACAUUGACAACAUUGUUGUAUACAUCAAGAAGGUAUUUGUUGUCUACAUCCAUUUGCAUUUGUUGUCUACAUUAAGAAGAUAUGUGUUGUCUAUAUCAAGAAGGUAUUUGUUGUGUACAACAAGAAGGUAUUUGUUGUCUACAUCUAGUUGCAUUUGUUGUCUACAUUAAGAAGAUAUGUGUUGUCUACAACAAGAAGGUAUUUGUUGUCUACAUCUAGUUGCAUUUGUUGUCUACAUUAAGAAGAUAUUUGUUGUCUAUAUCAAGAAGGUAUUGUUGUCUAUAUUAAGAAGAUAUUUGUUGUCUACAUCCAGAAGGUAUUUGUUGACUACAUUACGAAGAUAUUUGUUGCCGAUAUUAAGAAGGUAUUUGUUGUCUACAUCAAGAAGAUAUUUGUUGUCUACAUCAAGAAGGUAUUUGUUGUCUACAUCAAGAAGAUAUUUGUUGUCUAAAUCAAGAAGGUAUUUGUUGUCGAUAUUAAGGAGGUAUUUGUUGUCUAUGUAAAGAAGGCAUUUGUUGUCUAAACUCAAAUAUGGCUGCUCUAGGACAACUGACAACAUUGACAACAUUGUUGUAUACAUCAAGAAGGUUGAGUUAGAGGACUCAGGGAGAUAUAGUUUCAACUGUGGACAUUAUCCAGAUUCUGAUCUUUAGGUUGAGUUAGAGGACUCAGGGAGAUAAAGUUUUAAUUGUGGACAUUAUCCAGAUUCUGAUCUUUAGGUUGAGUUAGAGGACUCAGGGAGAUAUAUUUUCAACUGUGGACAUUAUCCAGAUUCUGAUCUUUAGGUUGAGUUAGAGGACUCAGGGAGAUAUAGUUUCAACUGUGGACAUUAUCCAGAUUCUGAUCCGAGAGCUACCAUUCAUUUUUGCUUAGAGGUACAGGAUAAACCACGGCUGACUGUGUACCUGGAUAACCCGGAGUUUGAUGUUCUAAAGUAUUCGGAACCACAGGAUGUGUUCUGCAAAUUUACAUCCAACCCACCACCUAACAAUAUACUUUGGGAACUAUGUCAAGGUCCUGAUUAUCUUUUCUGCAGUAACUAUCCAGUUCAAGAUAUGCUCUCUAACAAUG